UUAGAGCGCGCUCGGAGGCGGUCCGGUUGCCUCAGAAUUGCUCGGAGAUAUCAACGAAAGAGCGAAAGCGAGCGGACCCGCAGUCAUAGCUGAGCACAUAUUUCGGAGUUGAUCGUAGAGAUUUUAUUUAGCUGUCGGCGGCCCUUGACAGGAUGUCCAGUGAGGUACAGCAGAGGCCGGACGACAGUCCCAACACCAGCGGCGGCAGCUCGGACGCCGAGCAGCGGGAGACGGCUCCGGCCGAACAGGCCCCCGAGAGGGAGCGCGAUCAGACCCAGCCCAAAAAGAAGGAGGCCAAGAUCUCCAGCAAGACUGCUGCCAAACUCUCCACCAGUGCCAAGAGGAUCCAGAAGGAGCUGGCGGAAAUCACUCUUGACCCACCCCCCAACUGCAGCGCCGGUCCAAAAGGGGAUAACAUCUACGAGUGGAGGUCGACCAUCUUGGGGCCCCCUGGUUCCGUGUACGAAGGUGGUGUUUUCUUCCUCGACAUCGCUUUCACGCCAGACUACCCCUUCAAACCCCCUAAGGUGACGUUCCGCACAAGAAUCUACCACUGCAACAUCAACAGCCAAGGUGUGAUCUGCUUGGACAUCCUGAAGGACAACUGGAGUCCCGCCCUCACCAUCUCCAAGGUGCUGCUGUCCAUCUGCUCCCUACUCACAGACUGCAACCCCGCGGACCCACUGGUUGGGAGCAUCGCCACACAGUACCUAACCAACAGAGCCGAACACGACAGGAUAGCUAAACAGUGGACCAAGCGCUACGCCACAUAGACUGCCCGCCACCAUCACCAACCACCACCACCCCCACCCAACCCCCAAACACACACCUCAGCACCCCAGGACCUGUCAAAGCACACCCACCCAGUCCACCCCACCCAUUAUCCCCAAUGCACCCUCCCGACUCCUGAUGUUCUCCCCUCUGUGGAAAAAAAAAGAAAAGAAAGAAAAAAAUAAUGAUCUUUUUGUUCCUUGUUGACUUGAAAGCUUUUUUUAUACAGUGUGAUGUAUACAAAGAGUAGAUUGGGAUUGUAUUUUCCAAUACACUGAAUGUUGGUAAGGUCAUAAAAAGCUUUAUUAUUAUUAUUGUUGUUAUUGUUAUUACAAUUAUAAUUAUUAUUAUGAUUAUCAUUAUUACACGUGUAAUAUUAUCAUCUGGGAGUGUGUAUGUGUGUGUGUGUGUAUGUGUGUUUUGUUUCCUUCUAUCCUGUUUCUACUAUUACGCAAACCAAUGGAAAUACACACCUCUGAUCCACCCGCAAUGCCCCCCCCCCCCCCCCCCCAUAAUAACCAGCGACUCGAAUCUAAACCCCCCUCCCCCCACCUGCGCUGAGAUGAAGAGUCACAAUGAAGACCAGCAAAUCACACAACGGCCGACAGUGGUCCACUUCCCUAAGGAACGGACACUUUUUUUUGUAGGAUGUGUGUUUCAUUUGUUUGUAUGUUUUAUUUGUUUGUUUAUUUUUUUCCUGUGUAACCCUUUCUAACCCUUUCUGUAACCCCCCCCCCCCCCCCCUUUCUGAGAAGAUGUUUACGUGGAUUACUGAGGUGUUGGCCUGUAAGAAGUCCUUGCGAGGACGCCGCUUUACGGUCACAGUACGGUAUGUGUUGGUGGUCUUGCUGCUUUCCCACACUGACCGCGCGGUGUAAAGAGUUCGUUUUAUUUUACACUUGCAUUGUGAGAAAAAACUCAACCAAUACUCUAAUAAGUAAAUUAAUAAAAGGAAGCACUCUGGCUGAAGUG